UGUUAGGUUCAUUUAUCCAGUCGUUGUUCACCACUUCGUGUGUCGUGCGGAUCAAUUUUUAUUUUUGUGUUUUUCAUAAUAAUUAAUAAAAAAAUCAUGUGUGGAGACAUUUUGAAAUUUGUGUUAGUGUUACUUACAUGUGCCCUAUUGCCAAUCAAUGGUGAGAUUAAUAUUGGUGAAACCGGAAAAGUGUACUCCUUCAAAAUCACUUCCGAUGAAAAUGUCGAAUUUAAUUAUACAAUCCAUAAACAAUUGUGGGAUUCCCCGAAUUACCAACCAUAUCGUGUGGAAGUGAGCGCUAUUGACGCCAAUCGAUCGCAUCCGGUUUUCGUCGUUGUACGUCAAGCAAAAAGCAUUCUUUCAUGGCAGUUGCCAUUAUUAGUCGAAGCACCCAAUCCGGAUGUGAUUGAUCCCUUUGUUGAAUACAGGAAUACUUCAAGGAUAUUAUGUGAGGCAAUGUAUGAAUAUGCUCCUGGACAUUCCCAUACUUCUAUCACAUUACAAAAAGCAAACCGGAAAAAUCCCAAUUUCAGCAUUUUGUUAUCAACAUACUCAGAGAAGCCUGUGUCAGUAAUGGUCCGCGCACUUCCGGUGCCAUUUUAUGACGUCACACCAAAUCGAAACUACGACGCUGUUUUCAGUCCCAGUGAACCAGUGUACUUUGUGUAUGAAUUCCCUGCGAAGGAUGUGGAAACUGUGCAUUUGAAAGUUACCUCGAUGGAUGAUGUCUGUUUCACAGUGUCAAUCCAACCACACAUUUGUCCUAUAUAUGACCUUCAGGAUCAUAUAACCUAUCAGGGUAAAUACCAAACAGUGUCUAAAAAUGGCGGACUUAACAUACAAAGGAAAGAAUUUGAACAAUCAAGUUUCGUGAUUGUUUUUGUUGCCCACGCUGAUAACUACUUGUGUGACAAGCACGCAGGGGUGCCACAUACAGAGGAAACAAAAUUCGUCGAAAACAAACAAAUCUCCCGAGUUCAAUUCACCAUCAUCGAACGUAAAGAAUCCUCAAGUUUUAAGGCAAUCAUCAGUCUUCUUGGAUUCAACACAAUUUUCUGUGUUUGUAUUCUCUUACUUACCUGUUGUUUCUAUCAAUGUGGAGGAUAUUACUACAAAGACCAUGAUCAAUCAGAUUUCAGGCGUGAUUGUGCUUUGACACCAGAUAUCGUCGACGCCAUGCAGAACAGUGAAGAACCCAAGCUGUCAACGUUCAAUGGUCAAGGCAAACGAAAUCAAAGAAUUGCAAUGAAUUACCUCUGGCAUAUUGCAAACAUUGCUAUCUUUUAUAGCCUACCAGUGGUGCAACUGAUGGUAUUCUAUGACCGAAUGGUGAGCAGUACUGGAAACUUAGACCUUUGUUAUUACAACAGUCUGUGUUCACACCCGCUGUAUUUCCAAGACUUCAAUCACAUCUUUUCGAAUCUCGGCUAUGUUUGCUUUGGCGUGUUGUUUCUUAUCAUCACCGCAUUCCGUCACAGGAUGCCAUCGCGACCCAAAUGUGGUAUUCCAAGGUUAUAUGGAUUAUAUUACGCUAUGGGUCUGGCUUUGGUCUUGGAAGGUGUCCUUUCUGGUUGUUAUCACAUAUGCCCGAAUCAAUCCAACUUUCAAUUCGAUACAAGCUUCAUGUACGUGAUGGCAGUGUUAAUCAUUGCAAAACUCUAUCAAAACCGCCAUCCUGCAGUACAAGCAAGCGCAUACAGUACUUUUACAGUUCUAGGCUUGGCUGUAAUGAUCGCCAUGCUCGGAAUCAUCUACAAUUCGUUGAUUGUGAUGAUUGUAUUCUAUGUUGCCUUCGUCAUAUUCUGUUUAUACUUGGCGUUUAAGAUUUACUUCUUCACGAAUGUCACCGGACGAAUUCUCACUGUAUGUGGGAAUGUUUGUGAUGAUGGCGUGAGUCAUUGCGUACCAAAUCGGCCAUGUCAGCUUUUUUUCGUUUUUGCGGGAUUGUCAGUCAAUUCUGCUAUGGCUCUGAGUGGAUUUGUGCUGUAUCCAAACAUAGUUGACUUUGGGACUUACUUAUUGAUCAUUUUAAUGGGCAACGCCAUCAUGUAUUGUAUAUUCUACAUUAUAAUGAAGUUGUUGACAGGUGAACGUAUUUGUUGUGAAGCAAUGUUUUACGGUUUAUUGGCUGUUUUGUUUUGGAUUUCCGGCAGUUAUUUCUUUUUUAAUGCUGCUACACAUUGGUCGAAAACUCCUGCACAAUCACGUUUAUCAAACCAAGACUGCAUUUUGUUUGAUUUCUACGACACUCAUGAUAUUUGGCAUAUUUUAAGCGCGCCUGCGCUGUUUUUUACCUUUUCCAUGCUCAGCGCACUGGACUUCGACUUGGUCAACACCAAACAGAAUGAUAUCAAUGUUUUCUAGGCUUCUACGUGUUUUUAUAGUAGUAAUAAUGUAUCAAUUUGCGUAUUUUCGUGUUGGAUGUCGUUUGCAGACGUCGCGAGCAAAUAAAUCCACGUAAUAUACGAAAAUCUGUGUUUGACAGCUUGCUGAUGA